CUGCUAAAUCAGCUAAAUGGGGCUUUGUUUAGCGCCUAUAAACAUGUUGGGCUGAAACCUGAAAUGAACUGACCGUGAGCCCAUGAAGCCGUUAGCCCAUGACAACUCUCCCAGCAUAAAAAGACCAAAACCCUAGUCUCUCGCCAGUCUCCUUGCAGCCGCCUCUUUCUCUCUGCCUCUCUCCAAAAAAACGGCGACGACUUGCGACGAGCAAGGGGGCGACCUAUGACGAGCACGGUGCGGUGAGCAAGGGGACGGAGCCUGCGACGACGACCUGCCCGAGCCGCCGACUUAGCCUGCAACGAUCUGCAAGAUCCUCACUAUGUCACAGCCAGAGCAACAAGCAGGCGGUGCAUCAAGCAUAGCAUCUGCCUCAGUAACAGCAACACCAGUAGCUGAAACACAACCUGUUAUCAACUCAGAUGAUCCUGCAUGGGCUCAUUGUUCUUGCCCAGACAUCAAGAAGAAGCAUUCACUUAAGUGCAAUUAUUGUGACAAGAAGAUUAAUGCUGGAAUCACUAGAGUGAAGUACCAUCUUGCUAAAAUUUCUGGAUUUAAUGUUUCUGCGUGCAAGAAAGUUCCAACGCCUGUGCAAGAAGAAAUGGCAGCAUUAAUUAAUAAAAAGGAUGGUGUGAAGGAACAGAAAAGGAAGAGCAUGGAAAGGGACAGAGAAGGAAUUGAUAUAGAUAAAUCAGAUGGUGAAAGGAGUUCUGAUGAAGACUGUGAUACUGGAAAUGAGGUGGUUCUUUUGAGACCAGCAAAGGGAUCUGCUAGCUCUAGAGUUGUGGCAAGUGGUGGUACAAUAGAUAAGUUCUACAAACCUAGAUCUGUAGAAGAGUCUGUGGAGAACCAAAUAAAAGGUAACAUCAGUGCAAAGGUCCAAGCAAAGUUGACAACACAGAAGAGAGAAGAGAGAAGGGACAGAGUAUGUGAGUAUAUAUGUCAGUUCUUCUAUGAAGCUAGUAUUCCACACAACACAGUAAAGGUCCAAGCAUUGAAGAUAUAGGGGAAGAAAAGGUGAUCCAAGUGGUCACAGACAAUGCUAGUGUGAAUGUAACAGCAGUAGGUUAUUUGGCAGGUACGAGGAAAAAGGUAUUUUGGAAUGGAUGUGCUGCACAUUGUUUAGACCUCAUGUUAGAGGAUAUUGGGAAGCUUGAACAGGUUGAUAAAACAAUUGCCGAUGCAAGACUAGUGACCUCAUUUCUGUAUGCUCAUACGAGGGUGCUGGAUUUGAUGAGGGAGAUACUUGGGAGAGAUUUGGUCCGGUCUGGGAUUACUCGAUUUGCCACAGCUUACUUGAAUCUGAAAAGUUUGCAAGACAACAAAAAAGAGUUGGCACGACUCUUUAGAACAGAUGAGUUGAAUGACUGGGGCUACUUGAAGAAGGAAAAGGGAAAGAAAGCCAUCAAGGUAGUUAGAUCUGAAACCUUUUGGAAGACCAUUGAUAAUGCAAUAAAUUUUUUUGAGCCAUUGGCUAAUGUGCUCAGGAGAAUGGACAGUGAUGUGCCAUCAAUGGGAUUUUUCCAUGGAUCUAUGCUUGAAGCAAAGAAAGAAAUUUCUGUGAGGUUUGACAAUGAUGAGAGUAAGUUCAAAGUGGUUUGGGAUAUUAUUGACAAGAGGUGGAAUAACAAACUCAAGACUCCACUACACUUGGCUGGAUAUUAUUUGAACCCCUAUUAUUAUUACCCAAGAAAGGCAGAAAUUGAGAAAGAUGGAUCUUUUAGAGCAGCUGUAAUUGAAUGCACCACAAGGCUAUUUGAUGAUGAACAAAUUCAAGAUAGUAUAACCGAGGAACUCAACAUGUAUCAAGCCCAGCAGCAAUCAUUUGGACAUGAUAUUGCAAUAAGGCAGAGGAAAAACAAGAACUUUAACCCAGCUAAAUGGUGGAUGAAUCAUGGCACCUGCACACCAAAUCUAAGGCUAUUGGCAAUGAAGAUUUUAAAUUUGACAUGCAGCUCUUCAGCUUGCGAGAGGAAUUGGUCAACAUUUGAACAGGUGCAGACAAAAAAACGUUGUAAACUACUGCAUGAUAGGAUGAGGGAUUUGGUGUUUGUCAAAUUUAACUCUAAAUUGAAACAAAAGAGAGAGAGCAAAUGCAGAGAUCCAAUAGAGAAGGAAAUAGAUGAUGUUCUUGCAGACGAAAACAAUGAGUUCAUCAUCGGGGCUGUACCAAAUGCAAAUGCAGAAGAAGAACCAGAAGUUAAUAGAACUGAACAAGUUGGAGCUAAAGCACAGCUACAUGAUGAAUUCAUACCACAGCCACCAGCUAAAAGAAAGAGACCCAUGGGCCCCAAGAAGAAGAAGCUCAGGAGCAUAAGGUCUCUGAUGCGUGAUGAGCAACCUGAAGCUUCUGCUUCAUCUACCGAAGCAGAAGGUAAUCAAGAUGAUGACGUUUCAAUGCACUUUGGUGAUUCUACUGAUUCUGGAGAUGACUAGAUAUUAGAAAUGCAUCAUUGAGAAAUGGAAAUGCUCAAGUGCUUGUUAUCAUUUAUGGACUUGUGGUUCGGUAAUCUGUUUUAUGUCUCUUGUUUGUCACUAUGAGUGGUCAUUGUGUAUUGAUCAGUGAACAUUGAACUAUGUUUAGCAAUUUGUAUUAUUUACUGGACAAGGGUGUGUUUGAAACUUUGAACUUUGAACUUUGAAGAUUCCAUAAUUUUCAGCUUA